AUGAAACAUGACUUAAAUAAUGGAAAAGAAGAGAGAGAAGAAUUUAUGAACAAGGUCACAGGAUACCUGAGAACGUGUAGGGUUUACAUAUUGAGUCAUCUUAGUACCAUUCUAGGAGCAACAAUUAAAAAAUUGAAAAGUACCGACGAAGGUGUCCAAAAUGUACAAGGAGAUGCAACACAAGAUAAUUUGCUAAGUGCAUGUCAUGAUGAUGAAGAUUAUGAGAACGGAGACGAUGAAGCUGAUGAAGACGUUGAUUUCGAGGAUAACGAGGAUGACGGUGAAGAGCACGAUGAAAACGAAAAUGAUGCUAUGGAAAAAGGGUCCAAUGAUGGUUCCUUGACAAAACUUAACAUUGAUAUGAAAGGUGAAGGAUCAAAUGACAGCCUUGCUAAAGUUGAUUUGGAAAAUGCACCGGAAAAUAAGCCAAAUGAUAGCUUUACAAAAGAAGGUGAAGAAGAUAUGACCAAAGAAAAAACUGAUGAGAAAUUUAUGAAAGAUACCGAAGAUGCCAAUAAACAGGGAACCGCCGAUAAUGACGUAAAAGAAGAUAUAAUAGAAAAAAAAAAUGAAAAAGAUAGCAUCACAAAUGAACAAGUAAAACAUGGCGAAAAUGUGACAAUAGAAAGUGAAACAAAAGGACAAUCAAAAUCAGAAACAGGUGAAGAAUUAAAACGUGAAAAGGGUGGACCGUCGAAAAGUGCAACAGGGGAAGCAACAAAACGUGCAACCGGCGGAGCAGCAAAACGUGCAACCGGCGGAGCUGCAAAACGAGCAACCGGUGGAGCUGCAAAACGAGCAACUGGUGGAGCAGCAAAACGGACAACUGGUGGAGCAGCAAAACGGACAACCGGCGGAGUAGCCAAAAGUGACGCCAGCGGAGUAGCCAAAAGUGACGCCAGCGGAGUAGCCAAAAGCGACGCCAGCGGAGUAGCCAAAAGUGAUGCCAGCGCAGUAGCCAAAAGUGAUGCCAGCGGAGAAGCAAAACGCGAUACGACGGGGGUUCCUAAACGUGAAACAGCGGGGCAAGAGAAACUCCAAACAAACGGACAAACGAACGACAAGACAUAUGAAGAAUUAAUGAAUAUGACACAGGAUACAAAUGCCGGAACAAAUAAUGAUAUAACGAAAAAAAUCCUAAACUUUAAAAAUAUAAUUUCAAAAGAUAAAGAAAACGGUGAAAAAGGUGUAAAUGUUGAUGAAUCAAAUAAAGAACUAACAGAAGAAUGGAAAGUUAAUGAAUGGAAUAAAUGGAUGCGUCAGUUAGAAGAACAAUGGCAUUUUUACUUUAUAACUUUGGAAACCAAAACAAACGACUGGAUGAAACAAAAAGAAGAAGAGUUUAAUACAUGGUUAACAGAAAUGGAAAAUAAAUGGAUGAGUUACAACCACAAUUUGGAUACAGAAUAUAACACUAAUCUUUACAAAAAAUAUUUAACGUGGGAUGAAACUGACUGGAAAACAUGGAUAAAAACAGUUGGAAAAAGACUAAUAGAAGAAGAUUGGGUUAAGUGGAUAAACGAUCAUGAAUGUAAAUUGAAUGAAUGGUUUAACGGUGACUGGAACCAAUGGAAAUCCUUAAAGAAUUUUAAUUGGGAAAUGAAUGAAUGGAAAAGUGAUGAAUAUGAACGCUGGGCAGAAUGGCAAAAUGGCAAUUUGACCCUGUGGCUAAAUAAAAAAAAAAAAAAAAAAUAUUUAACAUGGAAAAACAGAAUCGAAAGGGAAAAGUCAGAAUGGGACAGUUGGGUACGAGCAAAGGAUGAUUUAACUUUAAAAAGCAAAACCUGUAAAUGGAUAAAAUGGAAAAAUGAAAAACGAUUAUUAUUUAACGAUUGGGUGGAAAACUUUAUAAACACAUGGAUCAGCAGGAAGCAGUGGAAUUCAUGGGUUAUAGAGAGACGAAAUUUACUUUCCCGAAGGACAUCGUCUUCAUAUUAA